CUGUAUUGAGCGACUCGCCGCGAGUUCUCUGUAAUGUGACCUGUUGAUUAAAAAUAAUCACCGCAUUUUGUGCUAUUACCUGUGAUAAACAUGACUUGAUGUUGUCGGAAAAUGUGCUGAGUGGUGCUAGUUAAGUGUUCGGUGCAAAAUGGGUUUGAUAACUUCUCGUGAUCAAGCUAUGUUGGAGGGGCCGGUUGCGCCGACCAAGAGCAGUCAUGUACGCCAGCCAAGCACCAGAAGCCGGGCAAAGCCCCCGAUGCCCGAUCGGGACGAGCUGGAGAGCCGAUUCAUCAAAGUUCUGGCGUCCAUGGACCUUCCACCGGACAAGGCGAAGCUGCUCCGCAACUAUGACCUGGAAAAGAAGUGGGAGAUCAUCUGCGACCAGGACAUGGUUCAGGCCAAGGACUCCCCCGCUCACUACCUCAAUAAACUGCGGACGUACCUUGAUCCUAAAGCUUCCAGGAGUCAUAGGUUGACCAGUAAAGCGCUAUGCACUCUUAAGGAUACGUCAGCCAUCCUUGACGUCAUAUAG